AUGAGUAAUGGCAUAGUCCAAGUCACGCUUCAAAAUCCAGAAGGUCAUAUCACCCGCAUAAAAUACAAGGGAAUCGACAAUUUGCUGGAAGUUCAGAAAAAUGAAUCUAGUCGAGGGUAUUGGGAUGUUGUUUGGAGUCCUCCAGGAAGUACAAGAACCGAAGGUACCUUGGAAAGUGUCACAGGAACAAUUUGUAAAGUUAUAAAAGAAACCCAAGAUCAAGUAGAAGUCUCAUUUUCGAGAACAUGGAAUUUUUCCCUCAAGGGAAAAUCCGUCCCUCUCAAAAUCGACAAAAGGUAUAUUAUGCUCCGUGGGUCAUCCGGCUUCUAUACUUAUGCAAUUUUUGAACAUGUGAAAGGAUGGCCAAGUUUUGAUCUUGAGGCCACUAGAGUUGCUUUCAAGCUCAGGAGAGAUAAAUUUCAUUAUAUGGCCAUGUCGGACGAUGACCGACAAAGGGACAUGCCUUUGCCAGAAGACCGAUUGCCUGAAAGGAGUAAGACAUUAGACUAUCCGGAGGCAGUUCUCCUUGUUGACCCAUUGGAGCCUAAGUUCAAAGGACAGGUAGAUGAUAAAUAUCAAUACACUUGUGAAUUAAAGGAUCUUCGUGUCCAUGGAUGGAUUUGUACGAAUCCUGCUGUAGGAUUUUGGCAAAUUACACCAAGUAAUGAGUUUAGGGUAGGUGGUCCGAUUAAACAGGAGCUAACUUCUCAUGUUGGACCUACAACUCUUUCGAUUUUUUCAAGUGCUCAUUAUGGCGGAAACGAUAUGGUGAUCAAAUUUGAGGAAACUGAGUCGUGGAAGAAAGUGUUAGGCCCGAUUUUUAUAUAUCUCAAUACUAUUCCUGAUGGAAAAAACCCUUAUACUCUUUGGAAUGAUGCGAAACACCAGAUGUCCAUUGAAGUCGAUCGAUGGCCAUAUGACUUUCCUGCUUCACCUGACUUCCAAUCUGCUCGCCAACGAGGCGCAGUUAAGGGUAGAUUACUUGUCCAAGAUAGCUUGACUAAGAGCCAUGGUUACAUAUCAGCAAACGACGCUUACAUUGGCCUAGCACCACCAGGAGAUGUGGGAUCAUGGCAAAGAGAAACCAAGCAAUACCAAUUUUGGACCAAAACGAAUAAGGAAGGUUAUUUUACCAUAAAGAACAUCAUCGCCGGCGAAUACAAUCUAUACGCUUGGGUCCCGGGAUUUAUUGGCGAUUAUAAAAAUUCUAAGAUCAUCAAUAUUACUCCAGGUGUUAAAAUAAACAUGGGUGAACUUGUAUAUCAUCCUCCGAGAUAUGGUCCGACUUUAUGGGCUAUCGGCUUUCCUGACCGCACAGCAGCUGAAUUUCACAUCCCUGAUCCUCAACCGAAAUAUGCCAACAAUUUUUUCUCCAAGGUCCUAAUAGAUUUGGUAUACACAAUUGGAGAGAGUAAUUCUAGAAAAGAUUUCUUUUUUGCCCAUGUUCUUAGGGAAGCCGAUGAUGGAACUUACAAGAGGACAACAUGGACAAUCAAGUUUCGUCUUGACCAUGUGAAUGAGAGCGGAACAUAUGUACUCCGAUUAGCUCUUGCUUCCGCACAUCAGUCUAACUUGUUGGUACGUAUUAACGAUCUGAACAAUGAUCCGCUCUUUUCAACUGGAUUCAUUGGGGGAGACAAUGCAAUUGCAAGGCACGGAAUACACGGCUUGUAUUGGUUAUUCAGUAUCAAAAUACCUGGCUCCCAUCUAUACUCACAUGGACUGAAUUCUAUCUACUUAACUCAAGCCAGCAAUAAGACUCAUUUUCAAGGGGUAAUGUAUGACUAUAUCCGUUUAGAAGGUCCUAGGAGUUCCAUUGUUAACAAAAUCUCUUAA